GGGAGCAUCCUUCAUACACAGAACAACAUUCACUCCAACAGCACCAACACCGCACAUCAAAGCCACUGCUGCGGCCAAGAUAUUUAUCUGACCAGCAAUCCGAACGCAGAGCAAAAGGAUCCAAUGGCAGGAGACAAGCAGCCAGUGAAGGCCAUCAAAGCUGAUGAGCUGGCGGCCUUGCUGGAGGGCAAGAUGGAGAAGGUGCUGGUCAUCGACUGUCGUCCUGUAGCCGACUACAGCAUCCUACACGUGCUCAAUGCUGUCAAUAUCUGCAUGUCAAUGAUGGCAGAGGGCAGAGAGUGGCUCAUCGACCUUUUGCAGCCUCACUCACUGAUGGAGGGACAGGAACUGGUGCUGUAUGACCAAGAAGCAGAAGGUGCCCAGACUCCAGUGUCCAUUGGCAACAUCACCACCCUUCUCAGAGAAGUGGAGGACCACUUCAGCAAUGUAUAUUUCCUAAAAGGAGGCUUUGUGGAAUUUUCCUCAUGCUUCCCAAGCUUAUGUGAGGGGAGGUGUCCUGGCUUCCUCAGUUCAAGCCUCUCGCAGCCUUGCCUGUCCACGUGCGACGUGGGACCCACUCAGAUCCUCCCGUGUUUCUACCUGGGCUCACAGAGUGACGUCCUUAACAAGGAUUUAAUGGUUCAGAACAGGAUCACUCACAUCCUGAACGUGAGCAGCAAUUGCCCGAAGCCAGCCUUCAUCCCUGACAGCCACUUCCUGAGGAUCCCUGUCAAUGACAGCUACUGUGACAGCCUCCUCCCCUGGCUCAACAAGUCUGUGGAGUUCAUAGACACAGUGCGCUCCAUGCAGUGCCGAGUCUUGGUUCACUGCCUGGCUGGGAUCUCAAGGUCUGCAGCGAUCGCAAUCGCUUAUGUCAUGAGGACAAUGGACCUCUCCCUGGAUGAUGCCUACAGGUAUGUGAAGGACCGAAGGCCCACCAUCUCUCCAAACUUCAACUUCUUGGGGCAGCUGGUGGAGUAUGAGAAAACCAUCCAAGUUCAAGGUUCUGCCUACGUGGAUAAUGGUGUCCUCCUUCCUGGCGAUGCCUUGGGAAACAUUGGAACCCCUAAGCCUGACACCAGCGAGGAGCCAACUGAUGAAAGUCCAAUGUUUGCCUCUCAGCUUUCCACCCAAAACGUUGCAGACCAAUGCACAGCUCACCCAGACAAUGACACAAGCAACCAUUCCGAGAAAUCUGGGGAGGGCACCCCCAAGAUGGCGGCUUUGCACCUAGGGCUUACCAACCUCCGACUCUCACCAGAGCGCGCAGCACAAGCAACCUGCAUGAAGCGGUCCUUCUCGUUGGAUGUGAAGUCUGCCUACCCUCCAAGCCCACCUGUCAGCUGCUUCCAGACCCCAGAGAGAGGCACCGUCCCGAAACUGCUCGGUCUAGGGAGCAAGCUGGCAGCCGGCGCCUUCAACCCCUUCACCCUGCUGUUCGGGAAUGUCAGGAAAGCCCGCGGAAAAGAAGUCACGCGGACGCUCAAGCCUCAGCAGAAAUGUGGCAGUCUCCAAGCACCUCCUCUGCCCACCAGCCUUGACCAAGGACUGACUCAGCCAUCUUGCCUGGUACACAAGAAAGAUGGUGGUUCAGAUACUUCCAGAAGGCGACUGCCUCUGACCUUGCCCAUUCCCAAGCAGGCAAGCUCAUCCCUUCUCAACUGCAGCUCAUGCCUAAUUACUGUGCACGCAAAGAGGACAGAGUUAUCGUUGUUCGAUCACCCUUACAGCGAUCCCAUUAAAUCUGGCCACGUCACGGGGAAUGCAGCCCUCUACACUGAAAACAUGGUGAAAUCAUAAUGCCACCUAACAAAUGGACAAAUUCAACUCAUACUGAAAUCCAUCCAAACUGGGUGUGCUCCUCUUAAGAGGAAGAUCAAAGAGGUCAAAGAGCUGUCGUCUGACCUUUCACCUGCCUCACUUUGUUGACUUUGCUGUUGGUUACGGGCUCCCCAGACCACACUGAGUUGACUUUCAGUCAAAUCCCACUGGAAGCAACGUUAUGCUGGAGCACAGUUACAUGAAGAAGAUGGUGUGCACCUCCAUAACAUGCAGGAACUCGGUGAACAUGCCUGAAGGCUGGAGAUCCUCAUUUCUUUUGUUGGUCAAAUUUAAAACUUGAAAUUUGAGAAUUUUUGGAAUUAGGAUCAAAAAUUCUUGGGGGAAAAAUGGGCUCAAAGUUCUUUUGAAAAAGAGCUUAAGGCUAAAACUAUUUCCGGGUAUAUGCUGAUACAGAAUCGCAGUAAUCCAAUUCUAUUCAGGCCUCCAAUGUUGGUGGCCAUUAAUAGUGAAGGUUUCUGGACUUUAGUUAUACUGCAUGAAAGGCAGCAAUGCCCGCACUGCUGAGGUGACUGGAUGUUAUUUUUGGAACUAAAAUGGACAGCAGUGGAUCACUGAAAUAGAUAGAAACUUUGAGUUUUCGACAAUACUCUGUGUGUGUAUUGAGUGGAAUUAUGUAUUGCACAGUGAAGCACGAUUUGCACUGCACUCUCUCUGGAAGCUAAAUGAAGAGACUGAUAUGCUACUUUGUACAUGUUUUUGAAGGGGUGAAUGGCCCCUGUAGGAUUCUUUUGUCUUUAUACAGGGGAAGUGGGUGGGUGGAGGGCUGUGUAUCGAGAGGAA